CUCUCUCUCUCCGCGUCCCUCCCUCCCUCCCUCCAUCGUCUUCUUCCUCUCGCCCUCUCCCCCCCUCUCUCUCUCUUCUCUGUGCUGCAGAUUCAUGUUCCCUUCGAGCUGAUUUCGGGGUCGACGAUGGUGGAUCAUCAAGCCGUGUGCUGCAUGUGCGGCGACGUCGGGUUCCCGGACAAGCUCUUCCGCUGCAGCAAGUGCCGCAACCGCUUCCAACACUCGUAUUGCAGUAGCUACGGCGAAGCUUCCGAGCCGAUCGCACGGUGUGACUGGUGCCAGAGUGAGCAGAGAAGCGUGAGAUCGCACGGAGUUUCGUCGCGGGGGUCCGGGCCUGUGAACGGCAACGUGGGCGUCCUGAAGUCCGAGUACUCCGGCGACCGGAUAAUCAAGCAGCAUGACCGCGAGGAUGGCACUACCCCCACCCCCGCCGCCGCUGACAAGGGGAAGAACCCCUCGCCGCGGACCGCCACCCGCAGGUACAAGCUUCUCAAGGAUGUCAUGUGCUAGUGGGAAAUAUGAACUAGAUAUCUCAACCCUCAAAUGUAAAUCACCCAAGUUGCAUACACAUAUAGCAGUAUAUAUCCUAUAGUGUCUUAUGGUGUUUUCUCUUUGUUUUAGGCGAGACCACUGUUUGAUCUACUGUGGUUUUCCUCUAUGUUGUUUCCUUGAAAAACAAUGUAAAUCCAGAAGAACCCAAGUGAACUGCACGAGUUUUCAUGUCAUAAUCGAGUUCUUCUUUCGUCUCUCCA